GCGAAGGGGGCUCCAUCCCAGAUCGGGAUGAGUGCUGAUGCGACGAAUCGGGACUCGCUAGACAAGCUGCAGGCUGCAGGUUUGCGUGGGCUCUCCCCUUCUCUUUGGCAAGCUAUGCUUGCGGCAGACUGUGGCGUGACUGCCGAGACGGAGGAGAUCGACACGGUCAAGGAUGCUCUGGUGGCGUUUUGUGAGAAGCGGGCGGCUUCGGAGGUCGAGGGAGUGACCCUGUCUAGGGAUGAUUGGAUUGAGGUUGCCAGCUCGUGUCUGAGUCACAACUUUGCGGCCAGCCUGUCCGUGGCUGGAUUUGUGGACUUCAUGCUCACUACUGCAGCGCGGGAGGCUCAGGCCAAGGCUGAGCUGGAAGCGCAGAUUGCGGACAAGGAUGCCGAGAUUGCGGACAAGGAUGCCGAGAUUGCGGACAAGGAUGCCGAGAUUGCGGAGCUCAAGGCGGUGUCACAGGUGUCCCCGACGUCGAGACUCGAGGUGCCGUACUUGAAGCCAGUGCGGGCCAAACACUUUGCGGGCGUUGUGCCGACCGGUAGCCGCUGGGUUGCCUCGCCCGAGCUUCUUCUUGCGCCAAUGCUGAUGGGUGAAGUGGUGAUGGGUGUGCUCUCUCUUGGGACCAGCGGCACGGCCUCACUGGAAGUGCAGCAUCUGGAUGACAUCCCGGAUGCGUGGACAGGCUUUGUGGCAUCUGGCCUGCGUAAGGCGAACACGAUCGGAAGCACCGUAGUCUGCCACGAGCUCAUCAAGGCUACCUUACCGCUGUUUCGGGGGCUCAGCAACAACCACAAGGUCCAGUCGUUCUACAGAGGCUCGGUUGGCGUGGCAGCGCUCGAGUCAUCGUUGACUCAUCGAGUGUGCGAGGGUCUGGGUCACGUCUUUGCCAACCAGCAAGGGACACGGGCUGGGUUCCACUCGUCCAGCUCUCAAAGCACAUUCUCUGUGGCGUCACCUGCCAAGACCAACCCGAGCCACACGGACCGUGCACGUGCGAAGCGUACCGCAAACUCUUCGUCACGUAGCCACGAGCCGCAGACGUCCGGGCUGUACAGCAGCGCAGCCCGGAUGAACAUUGGGCGGGAGAUUGCGGUCUCACAUGGGCAAGGUUGGGACGGAGUGAGACCAGUUGACACCCAGCUCAGCACCAAGGUGGAUGUGCUGUUUACGUUUGAGGAGAACGAGAUGGUGCUGCCAUUGGGACUGUGGGAGCCUGGAUUCGAUCCCAAAUCGGCCCAGUGUCCGAUCACCAUGCACAAGAGGAAGCAGGCCUACGGCUACGCGCACAACCUCACGCGGGCCUCAGCGGGCUUUCCGCACACAAUGGCGCUCGUGGCGCUGCGGUCCGAGUACCCGACGCGGGCCAACAAGGCUCUGCAGGUGCGGACGAAAAUGGCGGUCGACGGCUAUGUGCUCCAGGCUGAAAAGUGCCGCGCGCUUAAGGCCAAGGCCACCGACGAUGAGCCUGUUGAGCACACCGAGCUGGUUCUGGACUGCGUCGAGCUGGUGCGAGCGCUGGAGGCGCCGGCGGAGCUGGAAGACGACGAAAAGUUUGACUGGUUCAUGCGCAAGGUGAGCCAGUUUUCGCUGGCGAUGUUUGCAGCGGCGCAUGUGGCAUCCGAGCGCCAUGCCGUGGGCGGGGAUGGGGGCGACGGGGUGAAGAACGUGUCGAAAGUGCUGUCCACAGAGGGUAAGAUGGUGUACAAAGCGUUUGACGGCUCGAAGACCCGUUCGAUCAACGAGCAUCUUUGGCGCAAGUACGCAAGCGACGUGUUUGUGACCGGCCUGUACCAGGCUGUGGUGGACGACGAGACCGAGGAGGCGACGACUGACAUGGGCAUGGCAUACCUUGUCGGCCGAGCCAAGGCGGCGGCGCAAGGUGCGGGUGCAAGCAGAGAAGCGCUGCCGUCGGACCGGGACGAGCUGCUGGCGAGCCUGGAGAACCUGAUAUCGGAGCAGCAGGGAACCGACAGCGACAUUUGGGCGAUGCAGGCAGCCUGCGAUGAUCUCCGUGCUGCAGCCAACAGCGGAGGUAUGCCUGGCAAGCGGGUGCUGGGCAGCGACGGACGCUGGUACCGCGAAUACGGACUAGUCAUGCGUCUGGUGCCUGCAGUGGCCGACGUGACGGUGGCGCACUUUGUGUCGCUGUUCAAAACUCUCCAAUGCAUGGACAACGACGGAGUGGCCCACCUCGACAUCCGCGACGCCAACUUGGUGUUUGGGGCCGACGGGAAGACACACAUCAUCGACUGGGAUCUGGCCGGCGUGUCUGGAGAGGCUGUGUAUCCGGUUGGGUUCAAUUGGGUCACCGACGGCAUGCGUGUCGAGUCGGUCAUGGAUGCUGUGGCCAAAAACGAGACCCCUACUGGCUACGCGUGGCACGACGUUGUGGGCGCGGGCGGGGUCAUGAAGCUGUACUCCUGCGAUUCAAAGGACAAUCGGACGGUCUGGAAAAAGGUGACCGAGACCCUGGUGAAUGUGGACGAUGCCUCGUCGGCGAGGUCCGCUUUGGCAGUUGCCAUUGAGGAGCUUAGCUCGAAGGAGAACGUUCGCUUGUGGUGCCUUGGGCGGGAGAAGACCGUCUUGGCAACUGACUCUCCUCCGCUCUCGCCCGAUGGAUCACCGGCUCGGGCGGCGGUGGGGUCGUCGUCAGCAGAGUCGUCGCCAGCUGGCUCAUCAUCGACCUAGCCGCCGUCAGGGGGUCGGUAGACCCAGAAUCACCCCCCCCCCCCCUCCCCUCUGUUCCCGCCGCACCCGUUCCUUGAAGGCCGGGUCAGCAGCGACUACAGCUGUGGCAAGCUAAUGUAAAACUCAACAUUCACG